AGUCCUCCUCUCUUUGCUCCCUCCCACUUCAUUCACUUGCAAAUCAGUGUGUGCCCACAAGAGCCAGCUCUCCCGAGCCGAGCCGGAGCCCUAACCUUCCCAUCCCGGGAGCUGGGAGCUGCAGUUUCAGCAGUGGCGGCGGCGGCGAGCGCCGCAGAGAGCGGGGAGCACAGAGCUGGGAGCGCAGCGGCGGCGGAGGCAGGAGCAGCCGGGGUGGGUCGCGGGGUCUCCGGGCGCCGCGAGGCGAGCAGAGAUAGCCUCUGCGAGGCACACAAAGAACAUUGAGGAAGAAAGGAGGAAUGACGCUGAAUACAGUGCAGUGAACCAAAGCAGCUUCAAGGAGAGGCGUCCCUGCCCAGAGCCUGGACCGUGUCGUCAGAAUGAGAACUUACCGGUACUUCUUGCUACUCUUGUGGGUUGGUCAGCCCUACCCAACUUUCUCAACUCCGCUGUCUAAGAGGACUAGUGGUUUCCCAGCAAAGAAAAGGGCCCCGGAGUUCUCUGGAAACAGCAGGCAUGAGCUGAACCGUUCGAAAAGGAGCUGGAUGUGGAAUCAGUUCUUUCUCCUGGAGGAAUACACGGGAUCCGGGAAUCAGUAUGUGGGCAAGUUACAUUCAGACCAGGAUAAAGGAGAUGGAUCACUUAAAUAUAUCCUUUCAGGAGAUGGAGCAGGAGAUCUCUUCAUUAUCAAUGAAAACACAGGGGAUAUACAAGCCACCAGAAGGUUAGACAGGGAAGAAAAACCUACUUACAUCCUUCGAGCUCAAGCUGUAAAUAAAAAGACUGGGAUUCCUGUGGAGCCUGAAUCUGAAUUUGUCAUCAAGAUCCAUGAUAUCAACGACAAUGAACCAAUAUUCACUGAGGAGGUCUACACAGCCACAGUUCCCGAAAUGUCUGAUGUGGGCACAGUUGUUGUCCAAGUCACUGCCACCGAUGCUGAUGAUCCAACAUAUGGAAACAGUGCUAAAGUUGUCUAUAGCAUCCUGCAGGGGCAGCCCUAUUUCUCAGUUGAAUCGGAAACAGGUAUCAUCAAGACAGCUUUGUUCAACAUGGAUCGAGAGAACAAGGAGCAGUACCAAGUGGUGAUUCAAGCCAAGGACAUGGCCGGCCAGAUGGGGGGAUUAUCAGGGACCACCACGGUGAACAUCACACUGACAGACGUCAAUGACAACCCUCCCCGGUUUCCUCAAAGUACAUACCAGUUUACCACCCCUGAGUCUUCUCCACCGGGUACAUCAAUAGGCAGGAUCAGAGCCACUGACGCCGACGUGGGAGAAAAUGCUGCGAUUCAGUACAGCAUCACAGAGGGAGAGGGGCUGGACAUGUUUGAUGUCAUCACUGACCAGGAGACCCAGGAAGGGAUUAUAACUGUCAAAAAGCUGCUGGACUUUGAAAAGAAGAAAGUGUAUACCCUCAAAGUGGAAGCCUCCAACCCUCAUGUUGAACCCCGCUUUCUCUACCUGGGCCCAUUCAAGGACUCGGCCACGGUGAGGAUUGUGGUGGAAGAUGUAGACGAGCCCCCCGUCUUCAGCAAACUAGCCUACAUCUUGCAAAUAAGAGAAGACGCUCAAAUAAACACGGCAAUAGGCUCAGUCACAGCCCAGGACCCAGAUGCUGCCCGGAACCCUGUCAAGUAUUCUGUCGAUCGACACACAGAUCUGGACAGAAUAUUCAACAUUCAUUCUGGAAAUGGUUCUGUUUUUACAUCGAAACUUCUUGACCGAGAAACAUUGCUGUGGCACAACAUUACAGUGAUAGCAACGGAGAUCAAUAAUCCAAAGCAAAGCAGCCGAGUACCUCUCUAUAUUAAAGUUCUAGAUGUCAAUGACAACGCCCCAGAAUUUGCUGAAUUCUAUGAAACCUUUGUCUGUGAAAAGGCAAAAGCAGAUCAGUUGAUUCAGACCCUCCGAGCUGUUGACAAGGAUGACCCUCAGAGCGGGCACCAAUUCUCUUUCUAUUUGGCCCCGGAAGCAGCCAGUGGCUCCAACUUCACCAUCCAUGACAACAAAGACAACACAGCGGGAAUCUUAACGCGGAAAAAUGGCUACAACAGACACGAGAUGAGCACCUAUCUCCUGCCUGUGGUCAUUUCAGACAACGACCACCCAGUGCAGAGCAGCACGGGGACAGUGACUGUCCGGGUCUGUGCAUGUGACCACCAUGGGAACAUGCAGUCCUGCCACGCGGAGGCCCUCGUCCACCCCACGGGCCUGAGCACGGGGGCCCUGGUGGCCAUCCUGCUGUGCAUCGUGAUCCUACUAGUGACCGUGGCGCUGUUCGCGGCCCUGCGGCGGCAGCGGAAGAAGGAGCCGCUGAUCAUCUCCAAGGAGGACAUCCGCGACAACGUGGUCAGCUACAACGACGAGGGCGGCGGCGAGGAGGACACGCAGGCCUUCGACAUCGGCACCCUGCGGAACCCCGAGGCCAUCGAGGACGGCAAGCUGCGCAGGGACAUCGCGCCCGAGGCCCUCUUCCUGCCCCGACGGACUCCGGCGGCCGCCGCCCCGGCCCGGGACAACGCCGACGUCCGCGACUUCAUCACCCAGAGGCUCCAGGACCACGACUCGGACCCCACGGCGCCGCCCUACGACUCGCUGGCCACCUACGCCUACGAGGGCGCGGGCUCCGUGGCCGCCUCGCUCAGCUCGCUGGAGUCGGCCACCACCGAUGGCGACCAGGACUACGACUACCUGAGCGACUGGGGCCCCCGCUUCAAGAAGCUGGCGGACCUGUACGGAGGGGCCGACAGCGACAAGGACUCCUAACCGGCGGUCGCUUCCCUGCGCGGGAGGAUGCUGAGCCCCGAGCAGCGGCUCCUUCUCUCCAGGCACCGCACCUGCUCCGGGAAGGGGUUCCCCGUCCCCGCCCAUGUCAGACAGUCCGUGGCUGCGGUCCGUGUGGGUCCAAUGGUAGAGACCUUUUUUCUAGUACACUUUUAUGAGCUUCCAAGAGGCAAAUGUUUAUUUUUUAGUGCAUCUAGCGGAACCAUGAAGGCCCAGCAGCGGGCACCGUGCUGGGGGAGAGGAUGGAGAGUAGGGCGCGCCCCCGUCCUGUGCUCCCUGCAGGGAAGUUUGGACCAAGUUCAUCCCCCCAGGCUGGCCUUUCGUCCGCCACCCACGGAUUCAGGUCAGCUGACUGCUCUGACUCCACCUUUCGAUGCUAAGGGGAUGAAGGACUGUUCUUGUAAGGAUAAAAUAUAGUUUUAGUAAAAAGAAAUAAGGGAGGAAUGACAACCGUGACGUUGUUCCUGGGUAUCUCAGCUCACAAGGAGACAAGGAACUAUACAGAUGUGGGUGUGUAUUUCUGUCACAGUGAAUUUAAAAUGGCAUCUGCCCAUCCUGUUUGUUCUUCAGGAGCUUUUUCUGACACCAGUGGCUACGCUAAGCAUGAUAACCCACCAAUGUUUUGAGAUUCUCGUCCCCCAUAAGGAGUAGGAGCAAAUUAAAUAGUGACAUUCAAAAGCAACCAAAAUAAAUAAGACCUCAUUCCUUACCACUAACUCAUAAUUUGUUACAUAUUAGCCAUGUGAAAGUUUGCCCUUGUGCCAUAGAAGGGAAAGUUGAAACUAGCUGAUAAUAUUAAUAAAGGAAAUAUUUAGCGUAUUUUAAAAUCUGGGCCACCAAAUGUACCACAGACCACUUGAAUUUUUUCCAGCCGUCCAUAGGUUGAUUACAAAUAAGUCUAAUUGUGUAAAAGUUCUUGAAGGAACUUUUCUGAGAUGAAUUUUAACUUCCUAUCUGUAGUUGUCGUCAGUAUUAUUCUAAUAUGUACUUGAAAGUAGCAGUGUGAGGUACAUAACUCAUGUUCUUCAGAUACUUCUUACUAAAUUAAGUUGCAUUAGUAAAGGUAGAUUAAAUACAACUUAAAUUCCACUCAGAGUUUAAUGGGGUGGUAAGAGCCAACCACACUUGAACCUGACACCCUGUCUGUCCUUCACAUCCAGAAACACCUAUAUAUUUAUAUAACAUGAUAGAUAUAGAUGAACGUUGAAAUCAUGGUGAAAACCUACAUAAGACAUGGUUGGAAGAUGCUUAAAAGGGAAAAGUUGGAUUCUCUACAACAAGAGUGUUUAAGAUUAAAAUUAAAAUGAUAGUUGGCUUUCAAAAGCAUUAAUAUUUUUUCAUUGUUUUUAACUUUAUUCCCAUGGCAACUCUGCUCUCUUUAUCUUUGAACAAUGAUAAAGUGAUGGUCUCAAAUGAAGACAGAAGAUAAUGUACAAUCCAUCCAGAUCUAUUCUUUCUCUAAUUAUGCAAUUAGCAUCAUAGUUAUUACCCAGAAGACCUAACCGAACUGAACUAUUCCUUUUGGCAGGUUCAAAUCAUUUAUUUCAUGGCUGUUCUAAUGACUUUUAUCAUUAGAAUCUUCAUGGGCAGUCAUCAGAAAUUUCCAAAAUACUGUAAUACUGUAAUAAAAACAUCCUUAUUUUGAAAACUUAAAAACAAACACGCCAUAUAUAUAUAUAUAUGGCGUGUUUGUUUUUAAGUCAUAUAUGAAUAUGCUGACUUCAAGACUUCAAUUAUUAAUCUUAGAGAUUUAUUUUCAAUUAAUGUUAAUUUUCUACAGAUAAUCUUAAUGUCAUAUCCAUUUGGAGAUAAUGUCGUAUCAGCACAUAAUUUCUAUUUGAAAAUACACUGUCAUUUAGUCAAGUUUUAAAUAGACAUAUUACCCAGGAAGUAAAGAUGGCACCUUUAAAAUUAAAGAAAUGUAGUGUUUCGGAUUACCCAUUUAGAGUGAAAAAUUUUUACAACCCUAUUUUUCCUUCUGUUUCCUGAAUGUUUUCCUAUUUUGUAAAGUAUUUCCCUGUAUAUUAACCACCAUUUCAUGGUUAGGUUAGUCCCUUAUUUUAUGAUUUUUCUUUUCCUAGUUUCACACACACAUAGGAAUGCAAACAAAAUAUUACAGGAGUGUUUCCUUGUAAUGAAUCAACACAUAUCAUAGUCAUAGGUAAGCACUGGGAAAAGGUAGCUUAGUAAAGUUAAUUAAUAAGAAUUAGUUAUCUAUAGCAAUAGACCAGCACCUUAAUCACAUGACUUACUGAAAAUUAAAGAGUUCCUAUCAUUAUGUUUUAUGUCAUGUAACAAACUGAAUCAAGAAAGUUCUAUUAAAAAAAAAAACUAUCAGCAGAAGUCUUCCUUUUGAACUUUUUACAUUAAUUGGAAAGUCUGAGGACUGACACUAGCAACUUCCAAUAUUUAAGGGUAAGGUAUACUCUUUCCUCAUAAGUGAUAGUAAGUAGUUCUGUAGUAGAAUAUUUGAGAUGUAAGUGUCCAGAUAUUUUAUCCCAUCCUAGAGAUGAUACAGUCAGUAUACCAAGAACAGGUGAAUAUGACAAAAUAUUGAAAUAACUAUUUAAUCUCUACCACAGAAGCUGAUGAUGAAGUGAAUGUUUAAGAAAUUGGAUAAUUUGAGACUGGAGCUGAAUAUUUAGCAGUAGGGUCCCGUUAGUAUCAAGUACUAUCUUCCUACCAUUAAGACUCUUUGACAUCAUGGAAACAGUAAGAAUCACAAUUCCAUUAUUCGACCCAGGUCUAACUUCCUUCCCAUCAAAACAUCAGGUCAAGGACCAGUAGCAAAACAACUGAUGACUGGAGAAAAAAAAUUAAAAUCUUACAGCUCACUUUUCUCAUUGUCUCUGUCCUGAUAUUAGAUGUUUAGGAUGAGAAGUAUGAAAAAAUAGAAAGUGGUAAAAUUUUAAUAUUUUCUUUAAUUACUGAGAAACUAAAAUCCAGUCAAUAUAAACAAAUUGCUUUUAUGGGUUGUUUCAGGAACUUUGAGGUAUUUUUGAAUGCCUAUCCCAUCCCCGGACCCCAUUCAAAGGGGAGAAUUUCUUUAAACCACAAAGAUGUUCACUGGAGUAAGCUGACAUUUUAAAAACAUUCAGACGCUCUAUCCACUGAGUCAAACCAGCUAGAGCAAGUCUAUUUUCUAUUCAAUUUUAACUCAAUAUAAAGACUUGUGGUUGAGUUUUUAUUUUUAGCUCCCAAAAAGUUGUGCAAAAAAGUUCUUAAAAUUAAAUCUUUAUCCUAGAAGCAUCUCAACUUUAUGGAUUCAAAUUAACUUAAGAAUGUUUCAUUAGUUUCAUUGUCAAGUACAUAAAUUUUAGAUAUCCUGAUUUGCUGAACAAGGCCUUAUAUCAAAUGUUUUGUCUUGAAAUGCAUAUUUUAUUGGAGAUAAUAAUGUAUAUACCAUGAUUGGGCUUUCCUUACUUCUAUUGGAAUAUAUACUUAAGGGCCAAAAAGACUAUGCAGUGAAAGGAAAGAACAGAGUUGAAUCCUGAGAGCAAACUCAAUAUUUAAAUCAGGUAUAGCUAAAUAUAUUUCCCCCAGGAAAUUCACCACCAAAUAAAUUAUUGUAUCUUCGUCACUAAUUUUGAAGUAGUGUAAUUACUUUUUGGAAGAACACUCUAGAAAGUCAUGACCCCACUAUUUUUGCAAGGCAUCCUCUGAAAGGGAUCAUUUUAGUGUAAUUUUAUCUUUUGUGUUUUUAUCUAGAUGAAAUCUUUUUUGAAUUGUGACAGGAGAUGAAAAAUCUACUGCGUUUACAUUAACACUAGAAGUCAGCCUUCCUUAUCAGAUUGUAAGAGAGGAAAGAUCAAGAUGUUGUGUGUGGAUCUUCUGGAGGAUGAAGUAUUUCAUUAAGGUCUGACAGGCAGCUUUCUUUUCCAGAAAAUACGGGAUCUCAGUAUGGUCUCCUGAAAAGUUCAGUGCUAUUACAGUUGCAGCAUUUUGAAUCUCCCUCUGGCAUCUUUAUGGAAUCAUUUUCUGAAGGGAUAAUUCUCUACUAAAAUAUAUCAGACCCUGACCAUAUUUAAUACCCUCUUAGAAAAGAAAUACAAUGACUUGCAUGCUUGUUAAAAGUUAAUAAAGAAAUAGCUCAUUUUUAAAGCCACACGUUUACGGUCUCUGCAUCGUCAAUUUAAUUUAAGCAUUGCUGAGACACUCUUUAAUCUACUCCCCAUUUUGUAAUACCUUAUUUAUGAUGCAUUUUCAUUUUUUAAUUUGGGGGGAACAUUAGCCCGACAGAGCCAGCAGAUGAAAGUGCCGAAAGGAGGUCAGAUGGAAACAGGCCUUUUACCCACUGUCAGAGUCAGGACCCGGGCACUUAGCUGAAGAGCCACUGGGUUAUUAGAUUAAUUUCAAAAGAGCUUUUAUGAAUUACUUAAUUCUUUUUCUUCCUUUCUUUCUUUCUUGCCUUUUUUUUUUUUAAACCCAUGGACCACAAACUCAAAUUUCUCUUCAAAUGAGUUUAAUUUGACAAAUGAGGCAUGGACCCAGCGUUGUGGAAAAAGCUUUCCACUAAAAUGAGAUCUUGGUCUUUCCAGCGAGACUGUGCUAUUCUUGUAAAUAUGUCUAGAGGCACCUUCUAUAAGCUUUUAGUUUUCUAUGAUCUGUUAGUUUAGUGUUUAUUAAGGAAUCAAAUGUAUAGAAUUACGAGGCAUCCAGGGGUAAUGCCAUGUAGCAAACGCAAAACUGAUCUCGGAAGAAACAUAGGAACGCUUCCAAACCACUGUACUCUUUUGUUUGUGAUUAUUUUCAUUGCUUUGAAAGUACCCUGCCUAAGAAUAGGCCUUCUAAUAAAUGCUACAUGCGUCUUCGGUAGUAUCGAGCUAAGGCAAUUUGGCGUUCUCCUACUGUGACUUGUGAUUUUUCAACCCAGAAAAAUCAAAGCUUUCGGGUAUUGAUUGUUUUUAAUUAAAAACACUCCCAAGUACAAAUUGAAGCCGAUGCCACCCUUGAAGAUUUACUGGCUGGAGUGCUUGGUUCAUAUCAUUUUUCUCCGUAUCGCUCGUGUCUCCGGCAGUGAAAACCCCGGAUGGAAACAGUCGCUGCUCAGCUCUCAUCAACAUUCCUAGUCAGGGAGAUGUUCAGGCGUAACAGGUUCCAUGAGCAAGUUUUCUAUAUUGGAAGAAUGGGGUGAGACUGCUACCUGUCCGCUCACUGUGCCGGGCCUUUCGUUGUAAUCCAGUGGCAAGUACAUGCUCCUUGAAGCGGCUUCUCUGAUUUCCCUUUGUUUCCUUAGACGUAUACAUUUGAAAAGAAUGCAAUUUAAAAAGUGAUUUCUCACAAAGAGUAAAUAUGCCUUUUGCAGAUCAAUUUUUGUAACAAGUUAUUUAUAUGAUAUUACUUAAUAAACUGUUUUUUUUCUAA